GACGUAGCUGUGUAAACAUUUAAAUCGUUUGAGAUAUUUUGAACCUGCGCCUUCCAAGUGUAUCUACUUCCACGAAGGUCACUUUUCCUUUUAAAGAUAGUUUUUGUCCAAAUGAACCUCGUUUGAGUUUUAUGUUAUCUGUAGGUUUCAAAUGGCAACUUGUCAUCGAAUUUGCACCAGACUCUUCCGAAUGAGACCGGGGAAAGUUAUAUGUGGCUUUAUGACAGUUAUAUUCUGUAUAUACAUAGCUAUAUCGCUUUCUUUGGAUUUGGCAAGCAUUAAAAAUGACACUGUUAGUAUUGCCAACAGUAAAAUUGAGAGCUAUCACCAACUAUUCUUAAAGGGUAAAUGGAUAGUCAUACCUAGGACUGUUAAUGAGUCAUUGAAUACCAAACACACCAACAGUACAAAAUCAAGCUAUAAACGAUCUUUGUGUCACACAUUUGUUGGAAGACUAGGUAACACGAUGUUUCAAUACGCGUCUAUAUAUUCUGUAGGUCGCAUAAAUGGAUUCAGGUUAGUGAUGUCUUCGUCUUAUAACUUAACGGACAUUUUUUCAAAUUUGGUGGAGUCUUCAAAUAGUUUUAGACCCUGCCUGUACUACACUAAGUUGUUCGAACGCGAUCCGUAUCAAUUUGAAUCUACUAUUACCAGUCUACCAAAUGACACUGAUUAUCUCGUUGAAGGCUUCUUUCAGUCGUGGAGGUAUUUCGAACCUUUCAAAACGGAAAUUCAUCGACAGUUUACGUUUAAAAAACGUGUUGCUUAUAUGGCAAAAUUUUCAUUAGAAGCGGCAUUAGAUAAUUUUCGUCGAACACGAAAUCUUACUAUCCCCAUUCGUACCUACGUUGGGAUUCAUGUGCGGAGAGGAGAUUAUGUCAAAUUGCUUCACAGCCGAUCGGUUGGAAUCAACCUUCCUACUUCCACCUAUUUCGAAACAGCGAAGAAUUAUUUUCGAUCUCUGUAUCGGUCUCCAGUAUUUAUAGUUUGUAGUGAUGAUAUUGCGUGGUGUGAAAAUAACAUUGGAACGGACGAUGCAGUUUUUAUUCGAGGCAAUGCACCAGAAGUUGAUUUGGCAAUUUUAGCGAGUUUAAAUCACACUAUAACCUCCUUUGGAACAUUCACAUUUUGGGCAGCUUGGUUAGCCAACGGAACGACAGUUUACCCGAAAACUAUUGUAGAUGAAAAUUUUGGAGACCGAAGGGAUAUAUACCUAAGAGAUCAUGUCUAUCCUACAUGGAUUCCUUUAUAGUUUCCGCGUUGCACUUUAAAUUUCAAAAUCACCACCAUGAGAAAAUAUCCAGUCUGUUAAACAAUGAUCUACAAUGAAAAAGUGUAAAACAACCUUUCUCUUAUAAAAAUAAACUUUAUUCUAGUCUCAAGCAACAACUAUCCGAAGCUCUGUGAACAGUGUUGGAUUUAGACGAAGGGAGACUCUAUAAUGGGCUUUUCCACUUCUAAAACCCUUGCAAUCGCACACUCUCGUGAUUAAUGCACCCGUCAGACCGGGGUGGCGUCCUUACUGCGCUGCUGCGACCGUACGGCGACCAGAAAAUGCACAAGGUCGAUGGCAAACGUGAACACAACGCGAGAAAAUGUCCCAAAAAAUUACAAACUUGAAAAAAGUCGUAUUCUCACAGCUUUCCAGGUCAGAUCGCAGAACCUUGGCGUUUGUUUUGAACAUGCACAAAACAAACGCCGUGACUCGGCGAUCUUUGGCGACCAUAGAGACCACAGCACGAUAUCUGGCGUUUCCACCACGCCUUUAGCACGCUUAUGGCGAUCUUGACGCGCUCUGAGACCAUUUUCCGUCGCCGUAGCAACGAAGUAAGGACGUCACCUCGGUCUGAUGGGGGUAUAAGGGAAGAUGAAAGUGUGUAUUUAAACACAAUUGAAAAAGUCAAGGAUAACGACGGAUGUUUAAGAAUACAGCACGUGUAAGAAAGGUUUAUGACAGAGUCAAAAAUAGUAUACACCUUGGCCCUAUAAGCUUCAUCUGCCUGUGAAACAUUAACGCCCAGUUGACUUUGUCGGGAGGAUUUUUGGACAAACCCUGGACUAGCACCCGACCUUUACUUGGAUAGACCUGUCUAUAACACUUUUGUUUCGUAUGUCGCAAAGGGAAAGGGGGAAGAAGCGAGUAAUAUAAUUUUGCAGGGUAUUGCUGCGUUAAAAUUACUUCUCGGCAAAGUUUACACAGGGUAUCGAAAAGUUGCGUUCAUUGGGUUACUCAUUGGAAUACACGAAGUCCACCACUCUUUAAACAUUAAGCCCUAUACACUGUGCUCGCGAUCAUUUACACACGGACCAAAUGUUCAGAUAAGAUACAAAAAAAUAAAUAAAAUAGCCUGCAUAGAUAGUCUCUUUGCAGUCUUUAUUAUAACUCAGAGGGCCACGGUGGCUCAGUGAUUAAGGCGCUCGCUCGAUAACCAGGAGGUCUCCGUUUAUUUUAAGGCGUUGCUUUUCAUUGUCCGUUUGUUCACGCUAAACUUGAUCUAAAUACAUUUCUUUAUAAGGCAUGUCCGACUGUGAUUGGUCGACUUCAGAUCAACUUACCAAUCAAAAUCUGUGAUGCAGAAAAUUCCCCUAAAAAUUUCGUGAAUAUUAAUCCAAAAGUGGUCCUAUUCCGUUCAAUAUUCAGAAAGAUAAUGUGGAAUUGAAAUUCAAUCGAUCUGUGUUGCUCGCUAUUCAAUAUUUUGCUGACCUCGAAAAAGGCCUUUACAAAAAAAACCCGACUGAAUCCAAGUCGAGACAUUUAAUCUAGCGUCUGUAUUUUGCUUAGGGAUAUCCUAGCUAUAAAAAAAAUCUAUUAAAAGGUCAUACAUGUGUCACGUGACUUGGCCACGUCUUUUUUUUAAGUUUUUAUUUCAGAAACUGUUGUACACCACCAAGUUAAUCAACAUAUACACCAAGCGCUUACUAACCACGAGGGAUCAGACAAUCUCCGUGUGUACUUUUUUUUUUUUUUUUUUUUUUUUUUUACAUCACUCGAGCAGACAUCCCAAAUCGUAUAUGAUAUACUCCAAAUCUACUAAAAUGGGUUACUAUUUCAAAUUGCAUUGUAUAUUUAAUUGAUUUUCAUCAAAUUUGAAUAUUUGGACGUGCUCAAGUUUUUUUGGUAAUGUUUUAUUUCUGAUCAAAUCACAUUUCAAACAUAUUCAUAUAUUUACUUAAUAAUCAUAAGAGAUGGUGAUAAGGAUGACAUCGAUGCGACUUAAUGAGUCCCAAAUAUUAACUUUUUUCUUCUGUCAAAUUUAAUUCUAAAACAUUUUUUUUCAUUUAUUAGAAAAAUAAAUAAAGACGUUUGAAUUGUU